CUGAGUGAAUGUGUAUUUUUUUUGUAGAGAUAAUAAUUUAAGAAAAAACAUUAUAAUCCAUGAAAGAGUCAAUAAGUUUUUGUAUUUAGUACGCGAUUUGCGUUUAUUUCUUGCCAUGGCCUUGGAUUGAUUGACUUUUGGGAUAACAAAAUUUUGAAACAAUGGCAGAUACUAUGAUACAAACGGAAACAUCCGAUUUCGGCUUGCCCAGAGCUGCCCAAUGGAACUAUGGCAACAUCAGCACGGAUAUUCCAUUUGAUGACUUGCAAAUGAACUCAAGCAUAGCUUGGCUGAUCGGAUCGUUGGGAGCAUCAAUCUUAUGGGUGGUGUACAUUACUUUUUAUAAUUCUCGUGUUGUUGGAUACUUUCUUACAAAAUUUAUAAAUCGUAUGUUUAUGAAAGGAUCCUACUUUAAAGUUGGUUCGUUAAAUUUGAAUCCUUUGGCCGGCAAAAUUAUGUUUCGAGAUGUCGUGUUCAUUUGUUUUGAUUAUUCAAUUCGUGUGCAAGACGGAUAUUUUAUAUUUCGUUGGUGGCGUUCGUAUGUACCAAAAGAUGUGUCCGAAGACUUAUCACAUUCGGACACUCGACUAUCUGUUAUGUUGAAUGGAUUCGAGCUGCAUGUAUUCAAUCGUUCCGAAUUGUAUGCAAAACUUGAAAAAACAUUUGGAUUAAAACCUUCGAUGUUGAUUCCGAAUGAAAAUAUGACAACCGAAGAAGCCGCAAAAAUGCGUGAAGUUGCUUUAAAUUUAGAAAAUGAACGAAAAAAUAGCAUGUCAACAAACAAAAAUAAAAAUGCCAAAUCAGAAGCAAUGGCAGCUAAAACUUGGCGAGAUUUGAUUCCGGUCAUCAAAAUUGACAUUUGUUCGGGACGUUUUGUGUUCGGCAAUCGAUUGACACCAACCACACUUUCGAUUUGUGUUGAGGAAGCAAAAUGUGUUUAUAGUACCAAACCAGCUGCUUCUCGUUUGGAUCACUUCAUGCACUUUUUAAAGGCAAAAGUUGACAAUGCAAAAGUUUUAUUAGCACCAUCGCCAAAGUAUACAGGCUUGGUUGACGACCCACCAAGAUAUAUGGGUGAAGGUUACGUCGUUAUGAUGUCCAAUUUAGUAGAAUUAUAUUAUUAUAUCGAUGAACCUGGAAUCGUUGAAGAAGAACCAGUUCUAUUAACAUUAGCGAAUGGUGAUGUAGUCGAAGCAUCGCCGCCCGUUUGGGGUUUAGAUGUAAAAUGUGGCAAAGGAACAAAUUUCAGUUAUGGACCAUGGGCAGACCGACAAAGAGAUCACCUUUUUAGGUUUUUCUUUCCUCCCGAUUGGCAAACCAUGCUCGUGACACAGCCACCAAAACCAGGCGAUCGCCGUGAAUAUCAAUCAUUUGAAUUAAGCUUGAGCACUUUGAAUGAAGCAACCAUAGAUGUGCUAUUUUCAAAAAACAAGGAAACAAAUGCAAUGCAUGUCACCAUUGGACCUGGUUCAUAUUUUGAAUUGACAUUACCGUGGAUCAUAUUGCAAGAUGGGUUUACCACAAAGGUGGCCGGACAAUUGUUACAUGUGGAGGCAACAACUAGUUUACAAUAUCGCAGUUUGGCAAAAUGUGAAUCGCUUGAGUUCAAAAUUCGGAUACACUAUCCAUUGAGAUUCAACGACCAUCAAGAGUGGAUCAUCAAUUUAACAGGUUGCAAAGCGACAGCCUAUUUGGUAUUUGCACAUAAGCUCUUUUUUCAAGAUUUAAUUGAAGAUUGGGCCUCAAAAGCACGGCCUGACAUUUUGGAAUUUGUUCCAUACACUUGGAAAUUUUGCAUUUUGCUCAAAGAAUUCGAAAUACUGAUGCUUUGCAACGAUUUUAAUUGGAUUGACUGUUCAAGUACCAAUCAAGAAAACAACCACUUGGCAUUUUGUGGAGACUUAUUUGAUUUGAGUUUUAAUCUUCCGUUCGACGAUUUUCUACCAAAGACAAUUCCAAUUAGACUAUGGAUUCAUGGCGAAGAUUUAGAUUUAUCUUUGUAUUUACCAGAAACCAGUACUACACGACCAGUUGUAUUAGGUUUGGAAGCAAAUAUGAAAUAUCUUACACGCGAUGGUCAAGUUAAACGAGUCUGCGAUAUUCCAAAGAAGAAAUGGCGCAAAGACUGCCUUCGAAGUGCGGGAUGGAUCGAUUGUUGGAGUGUUAGUAUUGUUGCUAUCAAAAUCAAUUGGGUUUAUCACUUGAUUCCGCCAUUAGGCCCCGAUCCACAAGCAGAUAUUACCACGCCCGAGAAAGAAGAGAUACUACUCAGUCCAAUUCGAAUGCCGAAACUCAAAUCGCCAGCUUUAAAAUGGGCCCAAACUGAUUCGGCACAGUUCGAUCCAAACACGCUACCGCCCGACAAAGUGAACGUUGAAAUUGAAAUCGGUUCAUCAGUACUUUUUGCAUAUGGCACCAUUUUACGUAAUUUCAUCAAUUUAAAAGAGAAUAUAUUUGGCGAAGAUCAAGAGUUCACAGACAUGAGUGUUAGUGUAGCAAAUACAAAGUCGGCGCUGUUACCAAAUCUUACCCAGCCACUUUUGAAAGUGCCAUUAAAUUCAUCGAACAAAGACGAUGCGUCAAAAUCCAUUUCAGAAGCAAGUGCUGGUAUUGAAGAAAAGCCAAAACCUUUUGAUCCACGAAUCUACCGUCCAUUGGAAGUAAUCGUUUCAUUUACGAUUCAUGAUGUUCAAGCUCACAUCGUUAAGAGUUGCAACGACAACGAUCCACCAUGUCCAAUUGUUCUCAUUGAACGACUGGGUUUGGAGCUCAAAAAACGAUUUUAUGAAACUGAAAUUCAAAUUCUGGUUAGUCCGUCUUUCCUAAUAUCAUCUGAUACUGUUGUUCGACCCAACAAAGAGAAACAUUUGAAGCAGGGCCAUUUGCUUCUAUCAGCACUACAGGUGCGUGGUCAUGCAAUGUUCAGUAUGGAAGGAAGAUCACUAGAUGAAGAGACAGUUGAAUAUGCGUGGUUACUUGAAGUACAUCUAGGAAAAUUGUCGGGCAAAUUAACUGUGCCACAACUAUAUAACAUUGUAAUUGGACUCGAAACAUUUUUGACAUUGGCUAUCGAUGCAGAGAAUGAACUGCGACCGCCAAUUUCUCAACGAAACUGUCAUCACGGGGUUCCAUCGAGUCAAUGUGCUCAUACAAAAGAUGAAAUCAAGUAUCGUUGUCCAACCUCCGAAGAUAUAAAAUAUCGUAUGACUCGUGUAGCUAUCGACGUUAUCGACUUGUAUUUAAUAGAUAGCGGAACAGCAUUACACACAUGGAUAUCUCCAGUGAGAGUAUCAACGUGCAAUUUACAUGGACAAAAAGUGAAGUCAGGUGUAACGGCAUUAAUAUCUACUGUACUUGUUCGGCACUUUGUGUCAACCAAUGGACACUUUAGUCAGCCAAACAACGGCAGCAGUUUGUAUAGCAAUACGAAUACAACAGGUAGUGGUCGAUCUUCAAAAGUGCCACAUCAGUACAGUCAAAAUAAUUCCGAUGAAAAACGUGAAGAUUUGAAUAUUUUGGUGAAAAAAGAUGCAACCAGUUCAGUGAAAUAUAAGAAGGAGUCUGAUUAUGGCUUUAUUGGCGGACAUCGCAGAGGUUCCAGAGACAAAGAUGAACAUCGUCGAUCACGUGAAAAUGACAUUCAUCAUCGUCGCGAUCGUGACGAAUAUUCGUCGAUGCAUUCUUCUGGCAGAGACAAAAUAAAAGAGUCAGAUAUAGAUCCAUGGCUUGAAGUUGGAUGUGUUUCAUUUGGACCGGUUGUUUUGGAAUCUGCAUCUGCCUUACCAAUUCCAGAACAUUGCUUGCACCUAAUUCAACAUAAUUUCCUAAAGCUACACGACAAACGACACAAACGUCUUUGGUUCUUAUGGAAUUCUGGAUUCGAUUCAGUGCGAUGCGGAUGCAUAGGUGGUGCUGCGUUUUUUGGCAGCAAUAUCAAUGGGCCAAAAUUCUUUAAACCCUCCGCGCAAGAUAUUCAAGAUGGCAUCAAUAUAGCACGAUAUCACAUUAAUACAAAUUCAAAAGAAUAUGGAUUCGGUCAAAGUGUUCUGUACGAAAAUCAAUUGGUCUUUCAUACACCACCAUACAGUUUGCAACCAGUGUCACUUCAAGAAUGUUAUGAAUACAUUGGAAAAACUAAUAUUAUUGUAUCAAAAUAUGACCCUGAACCGAAAUCACCGCACAAUGUUGAAACCUUGUGCACCAGCAAUAUUUCUCCAAUCGAAAAAUGCGACAGGCAAUCAAGAAAUUCAGAAGGUGGAUCGCCAAAUGUGCUCGAAAGAAAAAUGCGCAAGCAACCAACAUCAACUCAACGACAAACUAACAAUCAAAAUAGUUCACAUGAAGUUCCAUACGCCCGGCUAAUUGAUAGCCCUAACAAGAAACAAGGACAAACUGGAAGUAGUUCAACUCCAGUGCAUGAUUUGGAUAUCAAAAUCAGAACUAAUCGAUCUAUUCAAAUGCCAACACCAAAAUCGAGUGCAUCUGAAUCCAAAUUGACCGUGGACUAUUUUCAAAAAAGCGAUAUUUCGAUUCCAAGUGAAAUAAUGUCACAUUCAGCUCCACAAACUCACCCAUUACAAUUUGAUUCGGAUCAAUCGAUUGAUAGCAAAAUUAAAUCGGAUGAAUCGUUGGCACGUGAAGUUCAACGAACCAUAUCACUCACUUCGGAAAAUCCAUCAGAAACAUUCUUCUCAGCAGAUGAAGAUAUGCAUUCAUCUAGCCUGAGAACGAGUAUUAAUGAUCGUGUGAAUCAGAAGAAGAGAUUUGCAUCAGAUUUAAGUAUCGGUGCGCCUCCAGACUUAGAUGCUUGUUUGUCAACACAUCGUAGUGAAUACGAAAUUCACACUCCAGAUAAUAGAGACUAUCGCGUAAAUGCUAAACGUCCCCAAAGUACAGCCGAACUGAGCAACGACGAACGUCGUUGUCUCCACGGUCUUGCAACGCCACUUAGGAGAUUAUGUAGCGUUUCACCAAGACCAGAGUUCAGGCACUUUAAACCAGUAUUUGAUGCUGAGUCGCAAGAAUCUUCGUCCGAUUCACCAUCACUCUCAUCGAAUUCAUUCAUAUCGGCUAUGUCUUCACAGGAAGAUAUCACGUUGGUCAAUCUUCAUAUGCAAGUAAACAAACCGAUAAUCGAUUCACCUCUGCUAAUGGCCAGCUAUGUGUCACAUCUUGCGCAAGUACGAUGCACGAAUUGGUCCAGUUGUUGUCUGCCAUUGGGUGCUGACGCGUUUUCAACACCACUCUUCCAACAGAACGAAGACGGUGGUUUAACCUAUAUUGGUUGUAAAUUGGUGCCUCAUUUUAACACAUACUCAAAUUGGCGUGAAAUUCGAAUAGUUUCAAAUUCGGAUUCCGGUAGCACAUCGUCCAUGCAUACAACACAAUCUAUGCCACGAUCACAUCCAUGGGACCCAAGUGUAACGAUUCAUGGUAGCCAUAUUGAAACUGAUGAAAAGGAAUUUAUGACGUCACAAAAUGAUACUGCAACGCGAAAUUCGGUUGUUGUCAAGUUCAAAGGAAAUCUGGAAGUGACAUUGACUCCUCUUCUUUUGGAAGGAUUACAAAGAAUGAUCGAAACGGCCAUACCACUUUUUUCAACAAUACAUCCAUUAAAUGUUAUCAAUUCGAUGCAUGCCUCUUGCAUUCGAAAUGUCGAAGCGGCAAACAUUUUGAAAAAAGAUCAAUCACUUAGCUAUUGGUCACGUGUACAUUCGAAUUCAAAACGAUCAACGGCCGAACGAAAUCUUCAAGGUCCUGGUGGUGGAUCAGGACCAGUUAUUACAGACGUUUACGAGGAAAGUAUUUCAACACAAAUUCAAGGACUGAUUGUUUUACAACGCGUAAACAUUUCACUUAUUCAAACAUCUGUGGUCGAAGAGGUGAUAUCGUUCUCAGCACUGGACAAUGUACAAGAGUUGAGUUGUGCAUCAUUGUUGGCUGUAAGUUUCGAUGGAAUUUGCGCGCGUUUGCAUCUUGGCAAAACAACAAAAGCAGCCAUUCACACCGUUUACACCCAGCCAACUGUUCGGUCAAGUGGAUUGAAAAAAGGUCGCAUAAUGAAGGGAACAAGAGCUCUAUUAUCUCACUUAUCUUCACAUACUCGUAACGAUAACAUUCCUGGUGAACCGAUCUUAAUCGAGACAUCGGAGAAACAACAAGAAGAGCUCGUGAUCACAUGUGAUAUUUCAAAGGCACAUGCUCAACUAAGACGUUUGAAAAAUGAAGGAGUUGUCCUUCAAGAUGGUCAAAUUAUUAUUACCGCCAUUCCACAGCACAAAAGUCGUGCAAUGUUCGACUGCUUAAAAUUGCCAGAGGAAUCAAAUAAAGAUAUGGGCGCUUUUGGUUUCAUUAUGUUUGAAUGUGGUUUAGAAGGCAUAAAAACCAAAAUGGUUAAACGAUCACAAUUUGAAAAAUCCGAAAAUAAUGAGGAUAAUAUCAAAUCGGUUGUUGAUUCAACAAAUAAACGAGAUGCAACGAAUGCUGAAAAAGUUGUGAAAGAAGAAGUAGCCGGAACAAAAGGAACUGAAACGGUAAUACCAAAAAGCAACCUAAAAAAUCCGACAACGCCAAAAACGCCACGUGAAAAACUCACACCAAACGCUGAUACUAAGAUAAAAGAUGGCGAAAGCAAUGUCAAAGAUAAAAUUAAAUUUUCAUUCAAAUCAUCUGAAUCGGUUCACAAAGCUGGUAGCGAUCAAGCUCAGCCAUCAACAUCAACUGCAAAUACAACACCUCACGAACACAAAGAAAGUAAAGCGGUUGUUGGUGUUUCAAACAAUGGUCGUGCAUCAUCUUGUGUAAUUGAUUUGAAAACUGUGUGGUUUAAUUUUGCUGCACCGCCAAGUGUUCCAAUCACACGAAAAAUCGACUAUACACGUUUGGAUUGGAACUUACUGAGCACUGCAUCUCCUGCAAUUACAGCAUGGAUGAAUCCGAGCAAUCGAUUUGCCAUUAAAGUUGUGGCAAUGAUGAAGGCUUUCCAUCUAAGGCGCACGGCCAUUGCUGCUUGUAUCAUGGCGGAUGGACUUGAAGUUCAGGGCAUUCAGAAACAUCCGAAAACUCGCUAUUCUGCUAAAUUUACACCGCUAGCAAAGACUCUUCAAGAGGAUCCAUCAUGUCAACUAUGCACUGUGAUGCAGAAAUUCGUUAUUCAAGAGACCGCCCACAAAAUCAACGACAUAUUGAAACAUCCAGAUAUGCCACAGCUAACAACAUUACGUCAGGGUGUAAUAGUCUUGAGUCGUCAAUGGAAAAAUAUGCUGUACAAUCCAAUGCUUUUUGAACAUCAAUACAAAUAUAAGUUGUCAAGACCGAUGAAUGUAACAUUCGCCGUUCCCCAAUCGGAAGAGGAAGGUGAAGAUGAAAACGACAUGGAUGGAAAUGAACCGACCGAAAAUAAUACUCUAAUCAUCGAUGAAGAGAGUGAACAUACGAUGCUUUUGGGACGUGGUGUGAAUCAACAACAAUAUAAGGUACUGAAGGCACCUGAUAUCACGACUCAGGUAAAACUGUCGGAUUCAGCGAAUACUUCGCCAUCGUUUAAUUCAAUGAAAAUGCGUAAACGAUCAAGCAAAACUUCACUUCCACAUGUCGUUCAUUCGUCACGAUCAAGUUUGCACAUGUUCCCAAUUAUAUCGGGGCUGGUUGAUAAGCAAAACCUUGAAAUAGAGUAUGGAACAUUGCAAAACGGUUCGUUGCAAUCGUGUUACAGUUCGAAUACAUCGUUGGAUAGACCAUGGUCACCACCCAAAGACGAUCUGUAUUCUUGGAUGGCAAAACAGCAUAAUGACCGAAAGGAAUCGACAAAUAAAGAAAAUACAGAAAACGUUACUGAGACCAAACGAACGAUGACACCAAUAACACGGCCAUCAUUUGGAACUUCAGUUAUGCAGGAUUCACUUCGCUUGUUGGAUGCACACUUAAUAUUUGAACCCAUCUUAACUUGUCUGGGUGUUAUGCCUCAACAAAUGGUUAAUAAUAUCACGAAUGCUGAUAUGCCAUCUUUGGAUAGCUUGGGUACCAAUUUGUCAUUGGUCGGUUCUUUCGAUUGCAUGCGCAUUGAUAUUGUGGUCAGUGAGCAAAAUGAGAAAAAGUUAAAAAAUCGGCCAUGCACGCGGAAGGCAAAUGGCAAAUUUACAAUGCCAAAUCUUGAAAUGCCUGCAUUCUUGUGUGAGCGUGUUGGUGUUGAACUUGAAGUUUUAAAAGUAACGGACGGGCUGAAUGAUGACAAUAAACCGAAUGCACUUUAUGUAUCGCGGGGACAGUUGAAAAAACUGACCAGCACUAUGAUCAAUUUCAGUUUUAAUGUACGAUACAUUUCACAACAAGUGAAUAUGCCACUGCUGCGAUUAUUGCAUCAAAUCACCAAUAUGUAUCAAAACGUAAAGGAUGCCCAAGAUGAGUUGUGCGAUCAACCAACAACUUAUCGCAAUACGUUACCUUUGAAGGACGAAUCUAGCCUAGCAUCGGAAAUAAAUGAUCCAACCAUAAUGGAAUCAUUGCAAGAACCACUUGAUAGCACACUGCAUGAUGAACAUUAUGACAAAUUCAACGAGGGCUAUCAUUUGGGCAAUUCUAGCAGUCGAUCAAGAAUGCCAACGCUUGCAUUAACACCAUCGCCUGGACUGCGAAGACCUCAAAGUUUUGCACAAAAGUUAAAAUCAACAAGUAAACAAGUCAAAGGGAAACUAGGAUACACUAAUCUCAACGAGAGCAUCUUAACACCGAUUAAAAAGAGCCCAACAAUGUCCAUCGAUAAUCCAUUUCGAACACCAAAAACAUUUUCAGAACAUCAAAAAUCAUUUGGCCUUGCAUCUGAUGUACAUACGCACCGAUCAUCAUCGUCCAAUAUUUUGCCGGGUAGUACGAUUGAUACGCCAAUAUGCUGGAAAACAAUGUUCCAUUUACUUGAGCUAUAUGCAACCAUGCCUGAAACGAAAACGGUUGCACAAAGAGUGUCUAUAUCGCCUGACCCAACCGAAAAAGCACAAAAAAAAUUAAAUAUUUCAAAUGAGUCCAAGACAAUUGACAUCGAAGACGAAAAACCUACAACACCAUUGCCUCCACAUCGAGAGACGUCUCAGCCCGAACGAACUCGUUUGAUUGUAUUUGGCGUUGCCAAAAUUCAAAAGACACGUUUAUUAGCAACACUCAGUGGAUUGAAGUUGGAGGCCGAAAUCAGUGCUUUACACAGCAGUGCGACGUGGCGAAAGAAAACGAGACCGAUAGCUUUAGAGUGUUCACACACUGGACAGGUGGGACGAGCAAUGAUCGUUUUACUCGAAGGUGUUGCUCCGAAUCAACAGACUGUGGUCAAAGUAACCGUUGGAAAAAGUCAAACGCUUUACUCAAGUGUUUCGAGACGAGGUAAAGAUAAAAACAAUGGACUGCUAUCGAUCGGAGCUGUAAAUAUUGACAUUCCACAACAUCCUGUUGCUUUACAUGGGGUAAUGACUAGAAGUUCGAAGCAAUUGUCAACAACGUUGCAGGAAUUGAGAGUAACAAGAAAUUCGGCAAGAUUACGUCAAAAUGAAGAAGCUGAAUCACCGACACAUUCCAAAGACAAUUCAAAAGAUAAUGGACCAAAUAUUGAAAAGUCCACGCCUUAUCCAACAAAACUUAAAUCAGCUAGCGGAUUAAUCCAACCACUUGUAAUGCAAUUCAAUAUUCUAUUGCAAAGUUUAUCGAUAUCGGCUGCAUUGCUUCCAUCGCUUCAGGCUCAGUACAAAAUGGAUCGAGUCACAUCUAAUGGAAUUAGCGGAUGCAAAGCAAAAUUCACGAUUGACUUACCAAAUCAUACAUUAAGUUUUACAACAAAACAUCACACUGCUGAUACAAUACUUCCACCAGAGGCUUCAAUUUCCUUGCCUCCGAUUCAUGUAAGUGCACAGUAUGUAAAUGAAAGUGCAUCUCAAGACAUUCCUGUCGAUGGCGUUAUUCUAAGGCAAGGUGGUUAUGUGUCAGCUUCCGCCGAAAUUGGUAAAUUUGAACGAUGUUUGACCACCGAUUUGCUCAAUCACUUGGUAUUUGCACAAAAAGUAUUCAUGCGUGAGGUAAAUGAGGUGGUACAAAAGGUUCUAAUGACAGGUGAAAAACCAGUACCCCUUUGGUUAGAUGACACUGAGAUUGGCAAUACAUCAUCUGUGAAACAAACAAAUAUUCUAUUUUCGCUCAAUAUUCGGAUGGAACGUAUUCAGUUGACAGCAACGACGCCAUGCUCAUCGGCUGUACGCUUUGAAACCAAUGCUUUAGAGUUUCAUUUAUCAAACAGAGUGAAAAAUAUUGCCGAACGAGCCAACACAAAACUUUUUGUAAAAGCUCAAAUUGAUUUCAAUUUAUCACUUGGGCAAAUUAUUAAAAAUCUAAUGUUCGAUGAAGCUGAUCCAGAAUUUCAACAGUAUGCAUUUUUCAAUACAACGAUCGACUUGAGGAAUGCAUUCCAAAAUGAAAUGAUGAACGAUGACCAAGAAUUGGUGCUAAUUACAUUGAAACGGCCACUUAUAUACAUUCAGCCAGUUGCUGUAGAUAAAGCAAUUUUGGUGUGGUUAAACUAUAAAAAUGCCUAUGAAUAUUGGGCAGAGAAACGUGCCAAUUUGAAUAAAGAUGUACUUACAGCGACACAACAAGUAUUUGAGAAAAUGCCAUUCCAAAAUUUGGGAGCAUCGAACUUAUCGACUCUGUUCCUUGCACUCACUGUCGAAGAUAUGGGCAUUUGCUUGCCGCUAAAUCAACCACCAAUGACAAAUUGGACAGCACGAUCGUUUGCUGACUUCGAGCCGAGAGGCGCUGUUGUAAUAACACUUGAGAAUACAAAUAUAACAGCAUGUAAUUCAGGAUCACUCGUAUCAACCGGCAAAUUUUUCGGCUUGUGUUUACGAUUUGCGGAUGUUUUUGAAACAACAUUGGAUGAUUGGAAGCCAAAUAUGAACGAACCGAUUAUGAAUUUGUGUGUGGUGUCUGAGGGUACAUACGAAGUGUGUUCACGUACGACUGUUGCGAAAAACUCUACUGAAAAUGCCAAAUGGUUGCUCAAUGUGAAGUGGCAAAUGGAAGGUGUUGACGUGAAUUUGGAUGUGAACAUUGGAAAACAGCUUUCUGCUUUGGGCCACACAUUGACAACGCUGUCAAGUUUUGAAGAAGAUGAAAGCACAACAAUUUACAGUCAAGAUAGUGAUGAUGGAGAUGGCAGCGUGAAAACAAAUAAGGAAAAACAAACCAAACGACAACAGAAAACAAUGGAAAAUAUCCCAGCGUUCAUAUUAGAUCCGACAUUGGAUUCGAAGAAACGCUCACUAAUGAUGAAAAAAGAAAUGAGCGAACAAGUGAAAACGAUAAAUGAUUUGCGAACACUUGGUGCAACAGCUCAAACAAUAGCUGCCGAAGAGAAGCGCCUUCAAGAACUGCAAGCACUAUGCUACAAAUACUUCCGUCGCGAUAUGAUACACAAAUGGAAACGACCUUCAAAGGUUAUGCUGAGAACAGCAAAUCGAUCACAAUCCUUUAUUGCAGCUUCUCCCAGCGAUGAAGAUUUCCUGGUUCAAAAUUUAGAAGAUAAUGAUCUAAAGACGAUGUUUGACUAUGACAGUGGUGAUCCACAAAGUGAAUCAUCAAAAUCAGGACCCACCCGAAGCUCAUCGUUGAAAAUCAGAACAAAUCAAACCCAACGUGUUUCAUUCAACGAUACAAUGCGUCAGUCGUCUCUACCAAGUGGCGAUUCGGUAAAUUUUGAAUGGAAGGGUUCACAGUUGUCUGAUGUCAUUGACGUCGAUGGAGAACGAGUAGAGCUAAGAAAGAAGAAUCCAAUUCAUCCACAAAAACAACAAGAGCCAAACAUUGAUUUCGAACUAGAUAUCAAAGUGUUGGUCAAUUCAGGAAAAUGUGUUUUACACACAAAAUCAGUUAAUGACGAAAAAAUCAAUGUCAAUACAUCAGCAACUGUAAAACAUCACAAACGUGAACGUAGUAUCGGUACGGAUUGGGGUAGUCCAGUUGCAUCACGACGUAAUAAGGACAAUAAAAAUCGGCUGCGAUACACAACUCCACAAAACAAUACUGUGCUCAUCGAUUUAACCAUUUUUCACAUUCCGGGAUUAGAUGUAAAAUUACAUUAUGAAUCGAAAACUGUAUCUGAUGAAGCAAUGCCACGAUUAAGCGUCACCGAUACAAGUACGUUUCGGCGAAGUGGCUUCAAGCGUGCAUCACUUUUUGCUUGGAUGACACUACAAAGUGUACCGGAAGAAACGAUAAUUUCACCCCACAUUUUGGAAUUUUUGGAGCAAACGCUUGAACCAAUUCCGUUCAAAACUGAAGAACUAUUGCCGUCCAACAAUCCAGUUAAUAUGGAUCUUUUGCAAGAGAACUACAAUUAUGUGGCGUACGCAUCAUUUCCAGUUGAUGUCAUUGUUUAUUUUCACAUGCAGCCUUCAACGUUCCGAUUUAGCUGUUUACCAGUGUCUCGCGUGGAGUGCCUGCUGCAAUUACCAAGCUUGGACAUUGUUUUUAGUUCGAAGCGUCAAGAUGACGAUCAAACGAUAAAUGAUGGAACGGACAAAAUACCGACUGGUGGUUUAAGUAUUACUGGCUGUCUUGCCGACUUUAAUGUGUACAUUUUCCAUCCAUAUGGAGGUGGAAAGAAAACAGGACAUAAAGAGCAAUCACAAUUUUCACCGCUGGCAGAUAGCGAGCGGAAGGAUUCGCUGAGUAUAAAUGUGGAAUUUGUUAAAUUUCAUUUAACCAGAGCCAGAAAGAUCAAUUUUGAAACGAACUUCAAAAAAUCAAGCGAACAACGUGCGGUUGUAAGAUUUUCAACAAUCGUUGAUAUUGGAAGUGCUUCAUUCAAGUAUGAUAUGCGCCGUCUAACAGAAAUUUUAGCCUUUCCAAAUGCUUGGUAUCGACGACGUAUCGUUCGACGCUUAUUUUUAGGUGAUAUUAGCACGAAAAUGAAAACCAAUUCAACAAAUGAACCGGAAACACCAACAACAUCAAAUCAAAGUGAAAUCAAUGCGGACCAAAUAGAUGCAGAGAAACCUACACGAAAACCGGGUGAUUUGCGUUUGAACAUUAACAAUGAUAAUAUUUCGCAAAAUUCAAAAUUGCGUUCGGAAAAGUCAAGCUUUGAUUCAAGCACAUCGUUGUCUGAAAGCAAUCAGAUCACAUCAUGGGAAACUCUUGUAUUAUUUGCCUUCAACUUUACGAAAUUGAACGUACAAAUGAACAUGGGAAAUGUUAUGGGCAAUGUGAUUUGGCUAACAAAAGCAUUCCGAAGUGAUGGACGAUUAAGUAUUGGUAGUACAGGUCGUAAAAAUAUGUACAUUGGAUUUGGUUUAGGAGGCUCGACGCUCGAUGCUAAGGGUGGCAUUGUAGGUGGAACUAUAGAUUUGAACCUAAUUAACACAUACACCCAUAUUUGGGAAGAACAGGGACUAGAACCGCAUCACCGAAUCGGUUUAAAUUUAGCGGCACUAGAACUUCGACUGGACUAUAUGGGAACAAGUUGUUUGAUGACCCGAAUCAGCUCCUUGAACGUUGCCAUGAGAGAUGAAUGGAAGUGCUCAACUGAAGUUGGUAAAAUGCUUCCAAAUGAACGGCCUACAAUCAUUUUAAUACAUGGAGAUUUAAGCUGGGAUCAGUUCCAAAUGAUGAUAUCGAAAUCAACAACGGCAGAUUUGCUGAAAAUGUUUUAUAAGCUUGAAGAAUUCUUCAGUCAACAAUUCAAAUCAUCAAAGCGUGUAUUUACAAACCUGGAGCCACGCCUUUCUAGUCGAUCAUCGAAUAGCAUAUCACGUCGGCAACGGAAAACGACACUCAACACGGAUAAUUCAUUUGAACCAAAGGAAUUCAGUGAUGCACAUCAUCACAGACACUGGCAGAAACCACUGAAGAAGGCAAAGGGUUUAAUGUUGACAACAUUAAGCGUACCACUCCCAAAAACGGGCAUUGUUUUGGGCGGUACAAUUGAACUGCAUGGAACCAACAUUUCUCUUGCCUGUUUUCAUGGAAUCAACUUCAAGGCUAAAUCAUGGGCAUUGUUUAGUUUACGUGAUCCUUGUAUUAAUUUUGCUACCGAAGCUAAACAAAUUGAUAACACGAACGAUGUCAUUGCCAUUCAAACGUUAACAUUUGGUUUGGGCAUUGCAAACAAUACGAAUCAAACUCAUUCGUUGGCAACAGUGUGCCGCAUGACUCGUAAUAUCAUUUUUCCGCCACAGUUCAAAACGUUGCAGGAAUGGUUUACAUACGCAUUUGCAAAUAGUGAUAUAGAUGCUGUUGAACGUUUCCCGGUGUCUGAACGUGAAAAAGAGCAAAACACGAAUUCCAUUGAGCGAAGUCGAGGUCAAUCGAAUAAAUCACAAGAUAAUAAUCAUAAUCGAGAAGUGAUUUUUGCGUUGCCAAGUCUAAGAUUGCAUUUCAAAUCAGAACAUUUGCAAGGUCCAUCCACACCAGAUACAAACUCUGAUAAACCAUCGGUACAAUGUAGUUUUAUAACAGAGUUUGAAGAUCAUAUCUUCGUUACAGUCGAUGCAGACGCUUUUUUCUUCUUACACGAUUUGAUAACAUCCUAUGUUAAGGAGAAGGAGAAAACGUUGAUCUCUCAAAAUGCACGUGCAUCAUCACCAAAUCCAUCACAAUCGGGUAAUUCACCUACUAGUGAUGCUAAGAAGUCUGAACCAACACCAACAAGUACAACAUCCUUAACAAGCACUUCCUCUGCCGAUGGAAGUACAAAUCAAUCAAAGAAAGGAACGGAAAAGUUACAAACAAUGUUGAAUAAUAAAACAAUUAGCGCCAAAUUAAAUAAGUCUGAAAUAGAAGCUUAUUUAAGAGAUUGGAGAAAUUUCGAGUGUCAAACGUGGCAUUUAGAGCCAACCGUUCGUUUGCUUUCUUGGGCUGGAAAAUCAAUCGAACCAUAUGGUAUCGACUAUAUUCUCAAUAAACUAGGAUUCAGUCAUGCAAGGACCACUAUACCAAAAUGGAUUCAACGUGGAUUCAUGGACCCAUUAGAUUCCUUGGAAGCACUUCUUAUCAUUCAACUGCUCAGCUUAGUGAGUAAAGACGAAUCAAGUGACACUAAAAAAGAAAAAUAAUUUUGCGAUCAAUGUAGAUACCAAUAUUUACAAUUGGAAAUACUUUUUACUGCAGCAAUAAUAAUUAUGUUUAGCCAUAUGCAAAUGUUAAUUCCGGACGAUAAAGAAAAACGAACCAAUUUCUAUAUUUUCAGUUUAAAAAAAUGAGAUUUAAUUAUUUGCAAUAUAAAAUGACAACUUGCUGCACUGUUCGUAUUAUUCGUAUUAAUAUGUAUUAGAAAGUAAAGAAAAACGUCAAUAUAAUUCA